ACCUCCAGGACCAGGACCCUCACCCUCCCUCUGUAGCCGCCGAGGAGCGUCUUUUCCCGGACUCAGCUGCGCGUCGCUCCGGAGGAAAUAACUCUCUUUUCCCCGGAGAAACUUCACUCUAUCAGCCCGGAUCUGGAGGAUCUCAGAGUGGAUCUAGAGUUUCUGUCAGAGGUCUGAGAGGAGGGGAUGGAUUAAUACUUUCAUCUACAGCUGAUUCUACAGCACCAUGAUGGCUAACAGCGGCUUCCUGGAGCCUCCGCUGCCUCCCCAGUUCUUCCCUGACCUCACGGCGGAGGAGGAGGAGGAUCUUCCGGCCACAGAGAAGGACCUGGCGGAGGACGCUCCCUGGAAGAAGAUCCAGCAGAACACCUUCACGCGCUGGUGCAACGAGCACCUGAAGGUGGUCAACAAGAGGAUGGUGGACCUGCAGAAGGACCUGACCGACGGCCUGAAGCUCAUCGGCCUGCUGGAGGUCCUGAGCCAGAAGAAGAUGUACAGGAAGUACCAUCUGAGGCCCAACUUCAGACAGAUGAAGCUGGAGAACGUGUCCGUGGCGCUGGAGUUCCUGGAGAGGGAGCACAUCCGCCUGGUGUCCAUCGACUCGAAGGCCAUCGUGGACGGGAACCUGAAGCUGAUCCUGGGUCUGAUCUGGACCCUGAUCCUGCACUACUCCAUCUCCAUGCCCAUGUGGGAGGACGAGGACGACGAGGACGCCAAGAAGCUGACCCCCAAGCAGCGUCUGCUGGGCUGGAUCCAGAACAAGGUCCCCGAGCUGCCCAUCACCAACUUCCACCGCGACUGGAGGGACGGCAAGGCCCUGGGGGCGCUGGUGGACAACUGCGCUCCAGGUCUUUGUCCGGACUGGGAGAACUGGGACCCCAGCCAGCCGGUGGAGAACGCCCGGGAGGCCAUGCAGCAGGCCGACGACUGGCUGGGCGUGCCUCAGGUGAUCGCCCCGGAGGAGAUCGUGGACCCUAACGUGGACGAGCACUCGGUGAUGACCUACCUGUCCCAGUUCCCUAAAUCCAGACUGAAGCCUGGCGCCCCCCUGAGGGCCAAGACGCUGCACCCCAAGAGGGCCAGGGCCUACGGACCGGGUGUGGAGCCGCGCGGGAACAUCGUCCUGAAGCCGGCCGAGUUCCUGGUCGAGACAGUGGAGGCCGGACUCGGGGAAAUCCUGGUUUACGUGGAGGACCCUGAAGGCCACACGGAGGAGGCCCGAGUGAUCCCCAACAACGACAAGAACCGGAGCUACUCGGUGGUCUACCUGCCCAAAGUGGAGGGGCUUCAUAAAGUCAAGGUUCUGUUUGCGGGGCAGGACAUCGAGCGGAGUCCCUUCAUGGUGAACGUCUCGAAGGCGCUCGGCGACCCGAGCCGGGUCCAGGCUCGCGGGCCGGGGCUGCAGCUGAGCGGGAACGUGGCCAACAAACCCACGUACUUCGAUAUUUACACCGCAGGCGCCGGAGCCGGAGACGUUGGAGUCGUCAUCGUCGACUCAAACGCCCGGCGGGACACGGUGGAGAUCGUGCUGGAGAACAAGGGGGACAGUAUUUUCCGUUGCACCUACAUUCCCGUCCUGGAGGGGGCGCACACCGUCUGCGUGACAUUUGCCGGGCAGCAGAUUCCCAGAAGCCCCUUCACCGUGAACAUCUCAGAGCCCUGUAACCCGAACUCGUGCCGGGCGUCGGGUCGCGGUCUGCAGCCGAAGGGUCUGCGGGUCAAAGAGGUCGCCGAUUUCAAAGUCUACACGAAAGGAGGCGGCAGCGGCGAGCUCAUCGUCACAGUGAAGGGACCGAAAGGCCUGGAGGAGCCGGUGAAGGUGCUGGAGAUCGAGAGUGGGGUUUUUGAGUGUAAUUACUAUCCCAUAAUGACCGGGAAACACAUCGUGACCGUCACCUGGGGGGGGCACGGCAUCCCACGCAGUCCGUUCGAGGUGCAGGUGAGCGAGGAGGCGGGGCCUCAGAAGGUGAGGGCCUGGGGUCCGGGUCUGGAGACAGGUGUAGUCGGGAAGAGUGCUGACUUUGUGGUGGAGGCCAUCGGCACGGAGGUGGGGACUCUCGGUUUCUCCAUCGAGGGUCCGUCUCAGGCGAAGAUCGAGUGCGACGAUAAAGGCGACGGGUCAUGUGACGUUCGGUACUGGCCCACGGAGGCCGGAGAUUACGCCGUGCACGUGAUCUGUGACGACGAGGACAUCAAGGACAGUCCGUUCAUGGCCCACAUCCUGCCCGCCAACAACGACGUCUACCCGGAAAACGUGAAGUGCUUCGGUCCCGGUCUGGAGCCUCUCGGCUGCAUCGUGAACAAAGCGGCAGACUUCACCAUCGACACCAACGGAGUGGGACGAGGAGAGCUGAAGCUUUACGCUCAGGACGCAGAGGGACUCCCCAUCGACAUCCAGAUCACAGAGCGAGGAGACAGCUCCUUCGUCUGCGUCUACAUUCCCACCAAACCCAUCAAACACACCAUCAUCAUCACCUGGGGGGAGGUCAACGUGCCCAGCAGCCCCUUCAGGGUGACGAUCGGAGAAGGCAGCCACCCGGAGAACGUGAAGGUUUACGGUCCGGGCGUGGAGAAAGCCGGCCUGAAGGCCAACGAGCCCACCUACUUCACGGUGGACUGCAGCGACGCCGGGCAGGGGGACGUCAGCAUCGGGAUAAAGUGCGCUCCGGGCGUUGUCGGUCCGGCGGAGGCCGACAUCGACUUCGACAUCAUCAAAAACGACAACGACACGUUCACGGUGAAAUACACGCCCCCCGGCGCCGGGCAGUACACCAUCAUGGUGCUGUUCGCUGACCAGGAAAUUCCCAUCAGCCCCUUCAGAAUAAAAGUGGACCCUUCCCAUGAUGCAGCGAAGGUCAGAGCAGAAGGACCCGGACUCAGCAAGACAGGCGUGGAGGUGGGCAAACCGACCCACUUCACCAUCUUCACUAAGGGAGCUGGUAAAGCCCAGCCGGAGGUGCAUUUCACCGGCGCCGCUAAAGCAGACGCCGUCAGAGACUUCGAGAUCAUCGACAACCACGACUACUCGUACACCGUGCGCUACACCUCCAUACAACAGGGGAACAUGUCGGUCACGGUGUGUCACGGAGGAGACCCCAUCCCCAAAAGUCCCUUCAACAUCAGCGUGGCCCCCCCACUCGACCUCAACAAGGUCAAGGUUCAGGGUUUGAACAACAAGGUGGACGUGGGGAAGGACGAGGAGUUCUCCAUCAGCACUCAGGAGGCGGGAGGUCAGGGUAAACUGGAGGUGAAGAUCACCUCUCCGUCACGCCGGCCAAUCCCCUGCAAGCUGGAGUCGGGCUCGGCCAAUGAGCUGCACUCUGUGAAGUACAUCCCCCCCGAGGAGGGGCAAUACCGCGUGGACAUCGUCUACGACGGGAACCCCGUUCCUGGGAGUCCGUUCAGCGUGGAGGGCGUGAUGCCGCCGGACCCUUCAAAGGUGCGAGCGUACGGUCCGGGUCUCCAGGGGGGGGUUGUGGGUAAACCGGCCCCCUUCGCCAUCGACACAAAGGGAGCCGGUACCGGUGGUCUGGGUCUGACGGUGGAGGGUCCCUGCGAGGCCAAGAUCGAGUGCCAGGACAACGGGGACGGGUCCUGCUCCGUGUCCUACCUCCCCACGGAGCCCGGGGAGUACGCCAUCAACAUCCUGUUCGCAGACCAGCACAUCCCCGGGUCCCCCUUCAAAGCUGCUGUUCAGGCGGCCUUCGACCCCAGCCAGGUGACGGCCAGCGGACCAGGUCUGGAGCGAGGGAAGGUGAACGAGGACGGCUCCUUCACGGUGGAUUGCUCUAAAGCCGGAGAAGCUGAACUCACCAUCGAGAUCCUCUCUGACUCUGGGGCCAAGGCGGAGGUCCGAGUGCAGAACAACGGCGACGGGACGUACUCCAUCACCUACACCCCGCAGAGCCCCGGCAUGUACACCAUCACCAUCAAGUACGGAGGCCACGCCGUGCCCGAGUUCCCCGCCCGGCUGCAGGUGGAGCCGAGCGUGGACGCCAGCGGGGUGAAGGUGCACGGGCCGGGGGUGGAGCCACGAGGCGUCCUGAGGGAGGUGACCACGCACUUCACGGUGGACGCUCGGGCACACAUUAAGAGCGGCGGCAGCCACGUGAAGGUCAGCAUCUCCAACCAAUCAGGCAGCAGCACGGACGCCUACCUGACGGACCGGGGGGAUGGCUGUUACCGGGCGGAGUACACGCCGUACGAGGAUGGUGUGCAUCUGAUCGAGGUCCUGUUCGAUGAGGUUUCAGUGCCGAAGAGUCCGUUCAGGGUGUCGGUGACGGAGGGCUGCGACCCGAGCCGGGUGCGAGCGUAUGGGCCGGGCCUGGAGGAGGGGCUAGUGAACAAAUCCAACCGCUUCACCGUGGAGACCAGAGGGGCCGGCACCGGGGGGCUCGGACUCGCCAUCGAGGGUCCGUCUGAAGCCAAGAUGUCCUGCAAAGACAACAAAGAUGGCAGCUGCAGCGUGGAGUACAUCCCCUUCACCCCGGGGGAGUACGACGUCAACAUCACCUUCGGAGGCCUGCCCAUCCCAGGGAGUCCGUUCAGGGUCCCAGUGAGGGAGCUGGUGGAUCCCAGUAAAGUGAAGUGUUCAGGACCCGGUUUGGGGAGCGGGGUCCGAGCCCAGGUCCCUCAGACCUUCACUGUGGACAGCAGUAAGGCUGGGGUGGCCCCUCUGGAGGUCCUGCUGUACGGACCCACAGGUGUGGUCGAGCCCAUCAGCAUCACAGAUAACGGGGACGGGACUCACACGGUGAACUACACCCCGACCAGCGACGGCCCGUACACUGUGUGCGUGAAAUACGCCGACCAGGAGGUUCCUCGCAGUCCCUUUAAGAUCAAGACUCUGCCGGCUCACGAUGCCAGCAAGGUGCGAGCCAGCGGUCCGGGUCUGAACUCCAGCGGGGUCCCUGCCAGUUUACCUGUGGAGUUCACCAUCGAUGCCCGGGACGCUGGGGAGGGACUGCUCACCAUCCAGAUACUGGAUCCAGAGGGGAAACCGAAGAAGGCGAAUAUUCGAGAUAACCGCGAUGGAACGUACACGGUUUCCUACGUCCCCGACAUGGCGGGCCGCUACACGAUCACCAUCAAGUACGGCGGAGAUGAGAUCCCGUAUUCUCCGUACCGAAUCCUCGCUCUGCCGACCGGAGACGCCUCCAAGUGUCUGGUCACAGUUUCCAUUGGAGGACACGGACUGGGAUCAGGUAUGGGCCCCACCAUCCAGAUCGGGGAGGAGACCGUCAUCACCGUGGACGCUAAGCAUGCUGGGAAAGGUAAAGUCACGUGUAAGGUGUCGACCCCCGACGGCGCUGAGCUGGACGUGGACGUCGUGGAAAACGCAGAUGGGACGUUCGAUAUCUACUACACAGCGCCGGAGCCCGGGAAGUACGUGAUCACCAUCCGGUUCGGAGGCGAGAACAUCCCGAACAGCCCCUUCCACGUGGUGGCGUGUGGCCCCGCCCCCCUAAUAGAGGAGCCCUGUGAUUCGCUGCAGUUCAGCCCCCCCUGGGCCACCGAUGACCCGACCCCCCCCGCCUCGAUGGAUCCGAUGCUCCGCCCCUUCAGCCUCGUCAUCCCCUUCACGGUUCAGAAAGAAGAGAUCACCGGAGAGGUGCGGAUGCCCUCCGGUCGCACCGCCUGUCCUCACAUCACCGACAACAAGGACGGCACGGUGACGGUGAAAUACUCCCCGACAGAGAGGGGUCUGCACGAGAUGGACAUCAAAUAUGAUGGAAACCACAUCCCAGGAAGUCCUCUCCAGUUCUACGUGGACGCCAUAAACAGCGGUCAUGUGACGGCGUUCGGCCCCGGGCUGACUCACGGCACUGUGAGCAGAGCGGCGACUUUCACCAUCGUUACUAAAGACGCCGGAGAAGGAGGUCUGUCUCUGGCGGUGGAGGGUCCGUCCAAAGCAGAGAUCAGCUGUAAGGACAAUAAGGACGGCACCUGCACCGUGUCCUACCUCCCCACCGUGCCCGGAGACUACAACAUCAUCGUGAAGUUUGACGACAAACACAUCCCCGGCAGCCCCUUCACCGCCAAGAUCACCGGCGAUGACUCCAUGAGGAUGUCUCAGCUGAACGUGGGCACGGCGUCAGACGUUUCUCUGAAGAUCACGGAGACCGACCUCAGCAGUCUGACGGCGAGUAUCACAGCGCCGUCCGGACACGAAGAGCCGUGCGUCCUGAAGAGGCUUCCCAACAGACACAUCGGGAUCUCGUUCACGCCGAAGGAAGUGGGCGAGCACGUGGUGAGCGUGAAGAAGAGUGGGAAGCAUGUGACCAACAGUCCCUUCAAGAUCAUGGUCGGACAGUCGGAGAUCGGAGACGCCAGCAAAGUGAAAGUGUUCGGGGAGGGGCUGAUGGAGGGUCACACCUUCGAGAUGGCCGAGUUCAUCGUGGACACCAGGAACGCAGGUUACGGGGGUCUGGGUCUCUCCAUCGAGGGUCCCAGUAAAGUGGACAUUAACUGUGAGGACGUGGAGGACGGGACGUGUAAAGUCACCUACUGUCCCACCGAGCCCGGGAACUACAUCAUCAACAUCAAGUUCGCCGACCAACACGUGCCAGGAAGUCCGUUCACGGUGAAGGUGUUCGGCGAGGGCCGGAUGAAGGAGAGCAUCACGAGGAGGCGUCAGGCGCCGAGCAUCGCCACCGUGGGAAGCACCUGCGAUCUGAACCUGAAGAUACCAGGGAACUGGUUCCACAUGGUGUCGGCUCAGGAGCGUCUCACGCACACCUUCACGAGGAGCAGCCACACCUACACCCGCACGGAGAGGACGGAGAUCAGAGAGACGAGGGCGGGGGAGACGAAGCGGGAGGUGAGGGUGGAGGAGAGUCGGCAGGUGGAGGAUCCGUACAGGGACUCCGUGUUCGGAGACUUCCUGGGGAGGGAGAGUCUGAGCGGGUUCAACAACAACAGCAGCAGCCGCCAGGCACAGCUGCAGGAUGGUGAGGCGAGCAACCAGGAGAUGACGGCUCAGGUGACGAGUCCCGGAGGAAAGACGGAGGACGCGGAGAUCAUCCGGGGGGAAGACAGCGCCUACAGCGUGCGCUUCAUCCCGCAGGAGAUGGGCGCGCACACCGUGAACGUGAAGUACCGGAACCAGCACGUCCCCGGGAGCCCCUUCCAGUUCACUGUGGGGCCACUGGGGGAGGGGGGGGCGCACAAGGUCCGGGCGGGGGGCACCGGGCUGGAGCGGGGUGUCGCAGGGACCCCAGCUGAGUUCAGUAUCUGGACCCGAGAGGCCGGAGCUGGAGGUCUGUCCAUCGCAGUGGAGGGACCGAGCAAAGCAGAGAUCACCUUCGAGGACAGGAAGGACGGAUCCUGUGGCGUCGCGUACGUGGUUCAGGAACCUGGUGACUAUGAGGUCUCCAUUAAGUUUAACGAUGAACACAUCCCAGACUCUCCGUUCAUCGUCCCGAUCGCCACGCUGUCCGACGACGCUCGCCGCCUCUCCAUCACCAGCCUGCAGGAGAUGGGUCUGAAGGUGGGUCAGGAGGCGUCCUUCGCUGUGCAACUGAACGGAGUGAGAGGCCUGAUCGACGCUAAGAUCCACACGCCGUCCGGAGCCAUCGAGGAGUGCAUCAUCACGGAGCUGGACAACGACCAGCACGCUAUCCGGUUCAUCCCGAGGGAAAACGGAGUUCAUUCUAUCUACGUUCGUUUCAACGGCAGCCACGUUCCCGGCAGUCCGUUUAAGAUCCGAGUGGGAGAGCAAGGACAGGUCGGAGAUCCCGGCAUGGUGUCCGCCUUCGGGCCGGGACUGGAGGGAGGAACCACAGGCGUGGCGUCAGAGUUCGUGGUGAACACGGUUAACGCCGGCGCCGGAGCGCUGUCGGUGACCAUCAAUGGACCGUCGAAGGUGAAGAUGGACUGCCUGGAGAGCACUGAGGGGUACAAGGUGUCCUACACCCCCAUGGCUCCUGGGAACUACCUCAUCUCUAUCAAAUACGGCGGACCCCAGCACAUCGUGGGCAGCCCCUUCAAGGCCAAAGUCUCUGGUCCUCGUCUCUCCGGCGGACACAGUCUUCACGAAACGUCGUCCGUCCUCGUGGAAACCGUCUCCAAGACCUCCUCGAUGGGGGGGCCCUUCGCCUCGUUACCCAAGUUUACUUCAGACGCCAGUAAAGUCAUCUCUCGAGGCGCCGGACUCUCCAAGGCCUUCGUGGGUCAGAAGAACACGUUCACGGUCGACUGCACCAGCGCAGGAACCAACAUGCUGAUGGUGGGCGUCCACGGCCCGAAGACGCCCUGCGAGGAGGUUUACGUGAAACACAUGGGCAACAGGAUGUACAACGUGACGUACACCGUGAAGGAGCAGGGCAGCUACAUCCUGAUCCUGAAGUGGGGCGAUGACCACGCGCCCGGCAGCCCCUUCCACGUCACCGUGCCCUGAGCCUGAAGCUCUGAAGACACAAAGACUGAAGACACAAAGACUGAAGACUGUCCACUUUCUGUUUCAGACCACAGCUCUCACACUCUCUCUGCUUCUCUUGGAGCAACACCAGUUUUAAAGGUCACCGAUUAUGCAAAAUCCACUUCUUCAUGUCUCUUCUACAUCAACAUGUGUCCCCUCUUCUUCAUGUCUCUUCUACAUCAACAUGUGUCCCCUCUUCUUCAUGUCUCU